AUGGCGCCCAGCCCCAAACUUUACGGGCAGAAGGGUGCCCAGCCAAGCGCGCCCGAGCGCACCGGCCACGGAGACCUGGGCGCGCUGAGACUGCCAGGUGGGGAGCGGCCCACUGCCAAGGCGGGCGUGGCCUCUGGCUCGUGGAAGAUCCCAGAGCACAAUGUGGACCGCCUCCCGCCGGUGCUGCGCCUCCUGGAGAAGAAGCAAGAGCUGAUGGAUGCGGACCGGGACCUGCAGGCCCAGAAGGAGGUGUCCCAGGCUAUGACGGCAGCCCAGAAACAGCGCUGGGAACAGUUGGAACAGAAGGAGCGGGAGCUAAAGGGAUCUUUUGUCCACUUUGACAAGUUCUUGCAGGACACCGAGGCCCGGCGCAGCCGCGCGCUGCAGAGGGCGGCAGAGGAGCGGCUGCAGGCGAGCCGCCAGGAGGCCGAAGCACAACGGCUUAGGAUCCAGCUGGAGGAGCUGCAGCGGGAGCGCGCGCGAUUGCAGCGCCGGCUGGAGCGCCUGGAGCCCUGCGCGCGCCUGCUGGGCCAAGUGUUGGAGCUGCUGCCGGAGUUCCAGGACGUCCCCGAGCUGGUGGCGCGCUUCGACGGCCUGGCCGAUAUGCAAGCGGCGCUGAGGCUCACGGAGCGCCAGCUGCAGGCGGAGUUGGAGGAGGCCCGCGCGCGGCUGCAGAGGCUGCGGGACGCGGGGCAGGACGAGCUGCUGGGGCAGAGCCAGCGGCGAGCGCAGCUGCUGGAGCGCCUGGAGGCUGCGAGGGAGCGAACGCUGCGCUGGGAAUCCAAGUGGAUUCAGAUCCAGAACACAGCAGCUGAGAAGACCCUUGUCCUGGGCCGCAGCAGAAUGGCGGUGCUGAACCUGUUCCAGCUGGUGUGCCAGCACAAGGCGCAGCCCCCCACCCUGGCCAUCGAGGACACCGAGGGGCAGCUGGAGCAGGUGAAGCUGUUCAUCCUGGACCUCUCCGCCAUGCUGGCCAGUCUUCGUCAGGCCGAGCCCACACCUGCCUCCCAGCCCUGACCCAGGUAAGCAGAGGGACAGGGUGGCCUCCCACCCUGAAAGGAGGUGCACAUUUCCUGUGGGGUGUGUGCUAAGAGGUCCUCACCUGAGAGAUGGGAGGGGGCUGUGUCCGCUCAGACUACUGUGGGAAGUACAGAACCGGCAUAUAGCAAGUACUAAAUAAAUGUGGGCCAUGUGGGGGGCACCAAUUUGUCAUCCACCACAUGGCCUGGGACCAGAUCCUCCCUCCCAGGGCAAUCACGGCAUUAAACAAGCUGAUGUGUGUCAGGGGUUUGGAAUGAAGCCUGAUGCAAAUUCUGGUAAAUUCUAGAAGAGUGUUUGGUAAGUAAAGUAAAAUAGGACCAGCACAGGGGCCACACAGCAAGCACCCACAAGUGGGCACCUGUCACAAGGCCUCCUCUAUUGUGGAUCCGUGGCCUGAGAAUCCAACUGCUGGAGGCUGUCCUUAACCUUCCCAGGACCCCACAUUGGGGCUGGAGAGCACUGGGCUCGGAGGGUGGAGGCCAGGACGGGUUCUGACCUGUGGGUGUGGUGGGGGCCAUGUGAGUCCCCUUCACAGCCAGAGGAGAAGCCGCUGAGCCCUCUGCCCCACACCCCACCUCCCACCCCGAGCCACCACUCUCU